UCCCAAACUCACUUUGGUUCUAAACUUGAGCGUGACUAGAUCAGUUAGUGGAGUACGAAAACCCGUGGAGACACACUAACGGGAUUCCCGUAUCGUCAACCCGAAAUUCAAGAAACCAAAAGGUAUUUCAAGCUUUUGUCGGCUUUAUAAGACCUAAAAGAAUGAGUACAGGGUCGGCGAAGCGACGAAAUAAACCUACGGGUUCGCAAGCAAGUCUUGGACUCAGCAUGAACGACGAGAUGGAGAUGCACGAGAAAAGUGGACGACCUGCCUCGUCCAACUCACGAGCCGCUUGGUCGGAAGACGAUCUGCUGACUGGGCAAGGGGGAGAUGAGAUCGAUUUCUCCUCUCCGAGAGCGCCAGCCUCGGCCGCGGUCGAUGUUAUGCCUAGUGCGAUGGAGGCUGAACCCGUCAGCCAUCAGAAGCGAAUCGCGGCGGACGUGCGCGUUCCAGGGGCAAAGAACGUGCCUGUUGGAUGUUGGACUCGAUUCAAGCGAAUUAUCCGAGGACUAUGGCGUACCCGACAGACAGAGGACACAGACUCAGACAGAGAAAUGCACAUCAAGACGACCCUCCGAGAACUGAUCAUCUACCUGGUAUUCAUCACCAUCCUCUGCAUCUUGACUUUUGGUAUGACCAGCUCAACCAUGUACUACUUUACGAAGGUCAUGAGAGACUUAUUUGUCGAGAGCAGCAUGUCAAACCGCAACACCUUCAAGGACAUCACCACCAUGAACGAAUUCUGGAUGUACACCACCGAGACUCUUUCUGAUGGUCUCUACUGGGAACAGUACUACAACAACCAGAACGUCACUAAGCCCAAAGAUGACCUUGGAUUUAUCUACUUUGAGAACAAGAUCCUUGGCCGACCUCGCUUCCGCCAGCUUCGUGUGCUCAACGACUCUUGCACUGUCCAUGACGACUUCAAGUCUGUUAUCAAGGAGUGCUAUGCCGCCUACUCCCCGAACGUGGAAGACAUGAACACAUUUGGCAAGAUGAACGGAUCGGCCUGGACGUACCAAACAGAGAAAGACCUGCAGGGACGCUCCUACUGGGGGCGGAUGACCACCUACAGCGGCGGCGGAUUCACACAACUUCUCGCCCCGACCAAGGCAGAAACACAGCAAAUCAUUGAGGAUCUCAAGCAAAAUCUUUGGCUUGACCGUGGAACUCGUGCUGUGUUCAUCGACUUCACCGUCUACAACGCCAACAUCAAUCUUUUCUGCAUCGUCAGACUGGUGUUCGAGUACCCCCCCACUGGUGGCUGCAUCCCCUCCUUCAACUUCCGCACCGUCAAGCUGAUCCGCUAUGUCGACACUUUCGACCACUUUGUGAUGGCGUGCGAGGGGAUCUUUAUCCUGUUUAUUAUCUACUAUACCAUCGAGGAAGGUCUCGAGAUCAAGAAGCACAAGAUGAAGUACUUCAAGAGUUUUUGGAAUGUCCUGGAUGUGGUGGUGAUUAUGCUUGGGUACGUGGCGGUAGUCUUUAACCUGUACCGUACCAUGGCAGUCGGGGACCUUCUCAGCAGUCUCCUGGAAGACGGCUCGCAGUAUGCCAACUUUGACUCGCUGGGAUUCUGGCAAACUCAGUUCAACAACAUGGUGGCCGUGGCAGUCUUCUUCGCCUGGAUCAAGGUGUUCAAGUACAUCAGCUUCAACAAGACCAUGACCCAGCUGUCCUCCACCCUCUCCAAGUGCGCAAAAGACGUGGCCGGAUUCGCGAUUAUGUUCUUCAUCAUCUUCUUUGCCUACGCUCAGCUCGGCUACCUCAUCUUUGGUACCCAAGUGCGCGACUUCAGCACUUUUGAGGACAGCAUCUUCACACUGUUCCGUAUCAUCCUUGGUGACUUCGACUUCCACCAGAUCGAGAACGCCAACCGUGUGUUGGGUCCGCUGUUCUUCAUGACCUAUGUGUUCUUCGUCUUCUUCGUCCUUCUCAACAUGUUCCUCGCUAUCAUUAACGACACCUAUGCCGAGGUCAAGUCUGACAUUGCCUCGCAAGAGAGCGAAUUUGAGAUCACCGACUACUUCAAGAAGGGAUAUCAAAACAUGCUUAACAAGCUGUCCUUCAAGAGGGAGAAAAUUCUGGACAUCCAAAAAGCUCUCAAGUCGGCCGAUGUCAACCAAGACAACAAACUGGACUUCGAGGAAUGGCGCGCCAACCUCAAAUCACGCGGCCAUGCCGACGCAGAGAUCGAGGCCGUGUUCGCCAAAUACGAUCUGGACGGCGACAGAAUCCUGGACGAGGAUGAACAGAGACGCAUGCAGGAGGACCUGGAGGGACAGAAGGCGGAGCUGAAUGACGAGAUCGAAGAGAUGGAACGCCAAAAGGAGUCCCGCCCGAAGAGCGCCAGCCGCAUGAGCUUCCGCGGCAGCGACGCCGACAGCGACGACGACGAUGAUGACUCGCAGGGCGGACUGAGCGGCAGAGUCGGAUCUGCAGCCGGACACAGACGUGGAGGCGGCGGAGGAGGAGGCGUGUCUUACGAGGAGUUCAACGUGCUGAGCCGCCGUGUGGACCGCAUGGAACACUCCAUUGGCAGCAUCGUCUCCAAGAUUGACGCCGUGCUCGUCAAGCUGGAAGCCAUGGAGAAAGCCAAGCUCAAGCGCCGUGAGACCAUGGCCAAGCUUCUGGACAGCAUCACCGAGAGUGACCGCUCUGGGCGAAGUGAGGACGAGAAGAAGAGGGAGCAGAUGGAGCGCAUGGUCCGCGAGGAGCUGGAGCGCUGGGAUAGCGAGGCUUCCAUGAGCCGAGGAGACGCGUCACGUGGGGCUAGCCCCAGUGCCUCACGCGCUAACACAGCCAAAUCCCGCGGCGCCGCGAGCAUGGGCAACAGAUCUGCAUCCCGCGGGUCUGUGCAAGGAAGCGCCGCUUCUGUUCGUGUUCCCGUGCGAGAGGACGAGCGAAAACCAUCGUUUGGUGAUACCACCAACGUGUAAGGGAGCAAUGCCAAGAGAUAUAGAAAAUGCACGAUGACUAAAUGUAUCACAAAAUUUAUUUAACGCAACGCCAAUAUAAAAUAGGCCAUUCAAUUGGGCGCAUGACAUUUUAGUUUAUUAUUCGUGAAAUAUAUUAUGUUAAAAAUAUUAUGUUCAUCCAUUUUGCAUUAGUUAACGGGCAUCAUAGGUGUCGUCGUUGCUGUCUCUGUAGCAAAGCUUCAGAUUGUGCUUGUAUUUGUUACUUUUCGCCCUGUAUACGCGUCCACUUGGUCAAAAAAUGCAUGUACCACAAAGUAAACAAAGUAUAACACAGAAAAUUUAGAAAUAGCAUGGGCAUAUAUUAUUAAUACAUAGCUUGUUAGAAAACCAUGUAGAUGAUUUAUAUGAUUUUAUGGUCAGAACGAAUAGACAAUCUUCUGUACGUAGAAGUGAUUAACACUUAAUUAACUCUUUAGCCGAGUAAGAAAACACUGCUGCGCAGUCAAGCCUUGAAAAGCUGUACAAACGAAUAAGAAGGUAGAUGGGUUUGAGAAAGACGGAAUGGUACCCUAUGUUUUAAUUUAAGAACAAAUUGAAAUGCUAUUUACACCCUGAAAGACAAGGAUUGUCUAUUGGGAAAUCUGUGCAUUGUUCUAUGACGGGUGCCUUUUAUAAAAGAUGAAGAGCGUUCCAUUGUUUAAUGCAGUUUAGCUUGUUGAUUUUCCCUUCCUUAGAUGCACGUGCUAUCCUCCAUGCACUCUCACUAUACACUCAUUCCCAGGCGUUUUCUUCUCCAAGGGAGAGAGUAAGCCCGGUAAUGAGUUCAAUAGCAUGAUGCCAAAGACAUUAACACCACAGUUUUAUAGAAAAAUAAACAGGGGUUAAAACAACACUUGUAUCUUAACUCUCUUGUCAUUUUUAAUCACAUGGAUAUAAUAUAUCAGUUUUUAAGAUCUCUAGCAUGCUAGACCUUUGCAAGUCAAAGUUCAAGAUCUGAUUUGAUCUUGAUUUAGCCAGAGUAUCAGGCGAUUUAAUUUUUCAAGAGAGGUAUAUACUUCAUAGGGAACGAUAAAAGGGCCUGACACUCGGGCUAAUCUUGAUUGGUCUAGUAGAGCUGGUGUAAGAUUGUGGUCAGACCAACUGACCAGCAUUAGGCAAGAGUAGUAAGGUCCAGCUAGCAUGAUAUGGACUCAAUAAAAAAAUGUAAAAAGGC